GGCAGAUCCACGUAAUAGCGGGAAGCGCUCGUGGCGGGUAUAUAACACCCUCCCAAAGCCCUUCCCUCCAAACGCGCCCCUUACAAUUCGUGGUACCACUUCACAACGACCUCAAUCACAGACACAAGCCUUGACGUAGCGCGUUAGCUAUAGUAUGGGUGAUCAAAGCAAUAGUCACCAGUUGGCGACACCACCAGUGUCCCCUGCUCGACAGAGGAACCCGGGGCAUGAGCCCAGAGACGAUGUCGAGAGCCUCAUGGAGACGUCCGAAGAGCAAGACAUCCAAGACACUGGAUUGAACGACCUGUUCAAAGCCGCCGUGAAGGAAGAACUUGACUGGGAGUUCAAGUUGCGCGCAGAGAGGUUGAAAGACGCAUCACAGAAAGAAAAACUUGAACUUGAAUUUGAGGAUCGCCGUAGGGAGUUUGAAGCCCAACUCGAUGCCAUGAGAGCAAUGAAUGGGGGAACAAACUUCCUCAUACGUGGAGCAAAGCCUGAGAGUGGCGACCAGAUCCACAUUGUAGAUCUCCCUGGAUCCCCCUACGUGAUUCGAAUCUUCAAUGGCGGAAUGCAGGGUCUACAUCAGUACUUGCUUGACUUCGUUAGCCGUGACUCACUCGCACCAUUCAACGUGCCUGAGUCAUACGCUGUUUGGCGUCUCGCCGAGGGUCCGGGGACAGCCAAGCUUAACCGUCUGAUUUCUUGGGAGAAGGCUUUUUAUUAUCCGGAUGCCUCAGUCCCGCAAGGCGAGGUACGAUACAGUGUCAUUGAAGGUACGGCGUAUAGGGCGGAGUGUCCUGCUGGGUUUGUGGAGUUCAUAGUCCCAGUGCGGACAGAGGGGGUCCAGAAUCUCUUUCACGUCGAAGAAGCCGUGCAGCCGCGGUGCUAGGACAGUAUGGGGCACACAUAUACAAUGUCAUUUUGUAACGAAGGCCAGAGGGUCAGAUCACGCGAAUGAAUAUCCUAUCCUAUAUAUCCUC